UUGUACUUCUAGGUAACUAACGUAGUCUGUUUUUAAGCUUCAACACUUUGCUUGAUAUACUAAGCACUGACAACUACGACAUUAAAUUUUUUAAAUUUUUUCUUUGUGAAUUCAUUUGUAAUAAUCGUAAGUUUUUUUGAUAAGCAAGAUGGAUGAUAAAUUGAGCCCGAUUCAAAAAUUUUACCGAGGUAAAACAAUAUUUGUGACGGGUGCUUCAGGAUUUAUGGGAAAAGUUUUGUUGGAAAAAUUGUUGUACAGUUGCAGUGAUUUGAAACGCAUUUAUAUUAUAUUAAGAGCUAAGCGGGGACGUUCACCGGAAAUGAGGCUUGAUGAUAUGUUUAAAUUGCCGAUGUUUGAUAGAAUUCGUAAAACAAAACCUGAUGUAUUCAGUAAAAUAACAGCAUUGCCUGGUGACAUGUUACAAAAAAAUUUCGGCCUAAAAGAAUCGCAAGAAAAUUUGCUCAUAAAUGAAGUUGAAGUUUUGUUUCACUUCGCCGCGACCUUAAAGUUGGAAGCCAAACUAAAAGAUGCUAUUGAAAUGAACACAAUUGGUACCGCGCAAGUUUUAGAAUUGGCUAAAAAGAUGCCAAAAUUACAAGCAUUCGUUCAUUUAAGUACGGCAUUUUGUCACGUGGAUCAAGAAGAAUUAGGCGAGUGUGUCUACGACUCUCCUGAUGAUCCAAAUGAGGUUAUGCGAAUGACUCAGUGGUUAAAACCAGAAGCAUUAGAUCUUGUGACACCAAAACUCUUGGAACCACAUCCUAAUACUUACACUUAUUCAAAACGAUUGGCUGAAACUUUGAUUGCUAACGAAUACCCAAAUUUGCCGUGUGUUAUUGCACGGCCAUCAAUUGUGACUCCGGCAUGGGAAGAACCAUUACCAGGAUGGGUUGACAGUCUUAAUGGACCAGUUGGUAUAAUAGUUGGAGCUGCAAAAGGCGUAAUUCGAUCUGUCCACUGCAAUGGCCACUACCAUGCCCAAAUAAUUCCCGUAGAUUUAGCUAUUAAUGCUCUUAUUGCUAUUGGGCACACAAUUGGAACUUGUAAUAAUCGACCAAAAAAUAUUCCUGUUUAUAAUAUUACUCAGAGUGGAGUCAGGCCAAUAAGCUGGGCUGAAAUUGUUCAGAAAGGAAAAGCUAUUGCGUAUAAUUAUCCAUUUGAAGCAGGAAUUUGGUAUCCAGAUGGUGACAUACGGAGCAGCAAAUUUGUUCAUAAUUUAUUUGUAUUUUUUUUUCAUAUUUUGCCGGCAUAUUUCAUUGAUUUCUUAUUAUUAAUUUUCCGUCAAAAACGCUUCAUGGUACAUAUUCAAAAACGUAUAAGCGAUGGAUUAGAAGUGCUACAAUACUUUACAACUCGUGAUUGGAUAUUUCAUAAUGAUCAAUUAAUGAAACUAUGGGAGGAUAUGGAUCCGCGCGAUAAAAAAAUAUUUUCAAUAGAUUUUUUCGCUGUCGAAGAAGCCGAGUAUAUUAAAAAUAUUAUUCUUGGCGCCCGAGUUUACUGCAUGAAAGAAAAAUUGGAAACUUUGCCCCGUGCUCGGUUUCAUUUAAAAAUACAGUACGCAGUACAUCUCAUAGCAGUUUACGGAUUUUACUUUGGAGUAAUGUGGCUGAUUGUUAAAAACUUUGAAUCGGCUCGUUACUGCCUGGAUUUUGUAACCGAAAAAAUGAAGUUGUUACCAAUAAUUGGACGUUUCGUGGAAAAAAUAGCCCCAGUACUUUAAGUGGUAAAAAUAAUCGGUUUUAAAUAAUAAAAAAAAAAAAGUUUAAUUUUUUUAAUAAUAUAACAGGAGCUCAUGCAAUAAGCCAUCAUGAACUAUAUAGAUGUAUAUAUAUAUUUAUUUACGUAUGAACGUAAAUAAAUGCAACCGACAGCUUUAAAAUGAAAGGUAUUACAUAAACUCUAAAAAACAUGACAGCAACCUAUUAUCAAUAUUAUAAUGAUAUUUCAAUAAUAAUGAUCAUAAUAAUAUAUAUAAAACUCAGUGUCUUAUUAAUUAAUCAUGAUAUAGCAAAUAUAUAUACAUAUUAUCUAUAAGCACAUAUUUUUUAUACCUAUAUUUCAGGUAUAAAAAUAUCAUUAUAUAUUAUCCAUGU